AAAGUAAUAAAGGUUAGAUCGAAUUGAAUGCGAAGCAAGGUGGAAGGUAGGUGACAGACACCAGCAACGUUGGUUAUUGGAUUGAAACCCCAACAACGUUAUUGGGCGAAGAGAAGAAAAGAAUGAAAUGGAGUGAGUGAGGAACAAAGAAAGGAGGAACGAUGGGAGCGAGGAGAAGGUCGAUCUUAGCCAUUCUUGCUUUUCUAAUGUUAAUGGGCAUUGCCGUCUAUUUCAGACUCUGGGCUAUUCACUACAACAUUUCUUCUGAUGACACUCACCUCUUAAGGCAGCAGUUUGAUAUUGCUAACAGGGAGGCAAUGGAUGAAUCUGCUGAGUGGAGGCUGAGGUACGAUAAGGAGGUAGAUAGGACAAAAAAGUGUUUACACGAGCUUCAAGUGCUGCGGGAUUCCUCUCAGAAGGGGGAUGUUGCGUCUGGUAUUAACCAUAAAUUGGCAAUACUACAGAAGGAGAAUGCAGUCUUGCUUGAAAGGUUGGAAACAUUGAAAAGAGAGCUUGAAGAGGAAAGGUUGAAGUGCAGUUCACGAAACAUGAACUAAUCAUGAGAACAUUGACGAGAAUUCAAUUUUUUGUCAUUUUGUCCAUAAGAUGUUUAUUCUUGAGCACAAGCGUUUCAAAGACAUUUGCAGCCAACAACUAGUAUUCAACCAUAGAAAUCUUGGCAGUAUGAUUUCUGGUCUCAACUUUUCACCUUAUAGAGACAGAGACCAUUCAGGGAAUAUGCAAAUAUAUGAGUCACUAAUCAUUUCUCAUUUUCUCCCUUUUUGUGGGGGGUUAUAUUCUCCUUUGUACUUUAUUAUUUGCAUUUUUCUUUUUGGAAUCUUUGGAUGUUAGAUGUACCUGAUAGUUAAGUUGUUUUACUUUCUUUAAAGAGGUAUCCUGUGAAUGCUUGAUUGUGUAUUAAGGGCUAGUAUCUAAUUAAUCCAGCCUCUAUUUAAAGUCUAUUGAAUACAA